AUGGCCACGGCCUCGCCCACACCAAUGGGCUCCUACGGCAGCCUCGGCCGCAUGCGCUCACAAUCAAACAUACGGCCGCGCAGAGACUCUCCGCUCAGUGUGCUGGGCCAUAGCCAGGGCUUCGCGGCGAAUGCGCCCAUGAUGCAAAACAUCGACAUUGGGGAUUCGUCUGAUGAUGAGAUACCGCAACCCAUGAAGCUCAGCGCCUUAACGACUGCACUGCUGGCACAGAACGAGGCCAAUUCGCCCGAGAAGACACGGAAGCCCAAAUUGCGCGUCUCGCGCAGCGGGUCGGGCACGCCUGUGCACGACACAGUCACACCUGCGCCGAGCCUGCGUAUCAAGAGGGUACCGCUGCGGGGUGCGCCCAUGAGGAGGGCACGACGGACACCGCAGAGCGAAGAUGAGAAGCAUCCGCCUUCUCAAGAUCAGGAAAAUCUGGUCCCUAUGUCGGCUAUAAAACCAGAUACCAAGGAUGCCGUCGACUCAGUCAUGAAGGUCCCGGACUCGAUUAUGAAGACAGCCGAUCAUGACAUUCAACCACCGAUGCAGCCUCAAUCGCCCAUCCAAAGACAAGAAAGACCAGUGCCGCUACAGUCGAUAAGCGCAAAUACCCCGAGACGACCUGCACCUCCACCACCACCGAAAAUGUCCGCACUUGAGACCGCGACUGCUACUGCUGGUGCUGCAACGACCAAGACUAGAGAGCGGAAGAAGAGGAGCAUCGUGACAGUCCAUAACAAAAAUUACCAACUCAUGGACCGGAUAGGCAAAGGAGGCAGUUCGGUUGUCAUGCGCGUCAUGGCAGAAAACUACAAGCUACUUGCAUUGAAGCGAGUGAAGCUCGAUGAUGCGGACGAAGCUGCUGUUCUUGGUUACAAGGGAGAAAUCGAUCUGUUGGAAAAGCUUAAAAAUGUGGAAAGAGUGGUACGGUUGUAUGAUUGGGAGCUCGACAAUGAUCGACAAAUUCUGCAUGUGCUUCUGGAACUCGGAGAAUCCGACCUUGCUCGCAUCAUCCGUCUGAAGCUCGACGGCGUAGACGCCCAGCUUGACCUCAGCUUCACGCGCUACUACUGGAAAGAAAUGCUUUCCUGUGUCGGUGCCGUUCAUGAUCACGACAUCGUGCAUUCUGAUCUCAAACCUGCCAACUUUGUUCUUGUCCAAGGCUCCCUAAAGCUCAUCGACUUCGGCAUUGCAAACGCCAUCGAAACGGACCACACCAUCAAUGUGCAUCGUGACUCCCACAUCGGCACCCCGAACUACAUGUCACCCGAAAGUCUCGAAGACAGCGCUGGCGGCGCAAGAGGCAAGCUUGCGAAUGGCGAAGGACCCAAGGAUAUGAAGCUUGGCAAGCCGAGCGAUGUGUGGAGUCUUGGGUGUAUCCUGUACCAAAUGGUAUACGGGCAACCGCCCUUCGCACACAUCGCCAACCAAAUGGGCCGCGUCCUCGCCAUUGUAAACCGCGAAUACGCGAUCAAAUUUCCUGAUUACGGUGUCGGCGAUGUACGGAUUCCUCCAGGCCUCAAGCGCACGCUCCGCCAGUGUCUGAAUCGUGAUCCAUCCCAAAGACCAACUAUCAAGCAGCUUCUCGCGGGCGAGGACUCGUUCAUCUACCCCGAGGCACAAGGUCUGUGUAUCCCACAGGAUAUGCUCGCCCAGGUCAUCCAGAGAGUCGCGGACCGCUGCAGAGAUCCGAAUAAGCCGCCUGUCACUGAGGAGGAGAUUCGGCAGUAUCCGGCGAGUUUCUAUGCGAAGAUACGAGAGCUGUUGGAGACUCCGUGA